AUUUAAUGUCUUUAAUUGUUCGAAAUAUAUCAAGUUUAAGGGAAGAAUGGAAAUAGUUGGUAAAAAAAAAGAUAAAGAAAAGCAAAAGAAAGAAUUAAUAUACAUAAGCAUAUUAAUUUGGCAACAACACAAACAAUUAAAACUAGAAAUCAGAUAUUCUUCUAAUAGUUAAGAAUAUUCCAUAAACAAUACCAAAUAAAAAUAUUUUUAGACUUAAAACAAACAUUCAGUUUUCAAUAAGUAUAAAUAAUGAAUUUUCAAUGGGAUCACUCUCUGUUGAUCCUCAUUCAAACAAUUAUUAGGUUGUUAGAAUUGAUAAAAGGAAAAACCUUACUAUUUUAACCUUAGAUCAAAUAAAUAGACCUAUAACACCAUCAGAAGUGCUUUAUAAAAUGUUUAAAAGUAGAAAUGAAUAAUUAGCUGAAGCAUUUCAUCAAUAUGAUUUAAGGAAUCUUAAUAUUUCUAAAUUUGAAUUAAAUUAAGUUUCAGAAAUGAUAGAAUAUGAAUAAAGUAUAAAAUUUUUACCAUAUGCAUGUUAUGUAUAAAUAUACGAGAAUGGGAUGUGGAGAACAUUUCAGAAGAUCUUCAAUUAGAAAAUGCUUUGGGUAUUAGGAAUUUCUGAAGAAAUGCUUAUUCAUUAUUGUAAUGAAACUAAAUUAAUUCCGAUAAGUGCUUAUUUUGAUCCAUCAGAUGAAUAACUUAAAGUAUAUUACAAAAUAUUUUGUGGGAGAGUAAAAUAAAUUGAAUCAAAUAGAGAUUACAUAAAUUAUAAUGGGGAGAGGUUUACUGCUGCUUUAAAAAUACGAAGUUUUUUUAUUAAGGAUGAAGAUAAGGAUUAAUUAUUUGAAUAUACAUAUUGUGUAACAGAUUGUGAAAAUAAGUGGAUGUCAGAAGAUAGAAUUAGAUUAAAUUAAAUAGAUUAUUUUAAUAUGAAGCCUAGUAAUUCUACAACAGAUGAAUCUUCAUAUAUGGAGACAUAGAAGAGAUGUGGAUUUAAGUAUAUUGAAUGA